AUGCCUCUCUGUACAGGCGGUUCUUUACAACAAUACGUAUUUGAUCAUCAUCUUACUGUAGGUCAACUUGUUCAUAUCAUUACAUCGGUAAGCCUAAUAAAAAGCACACGUGACUUUGGCGUGGUUUCUAUUUCACCUGCAGCCGAUUCAAGCGUAGAAGAAGCUGGGGUUGUCUUGUUUUGGUCACCUGAAUUAGUACAGCAAAAAGUUGUUAACCAUAAAGUAGAUGUCUGGGCCUUAGGUAUUGUAAUCCUAGAAGUGCUGAAUGGUGGUAAAGCACCUUAUGAAGAUGAUAAAUUGGAUGAAGACGAGAUCAAACAAAGAAUUCUGGAUACAGGAAAACCUGACUACCCACCAAAUUUGCCUUCGCGACUUAUCGAUUUAUUGGAUCGCUGUCUUGAUCCUGAUCCUCGUUCAAGAUCCUCGGCAAGCACUAUCUUGCAGCACCCAUUUUUAAAAGACUAUGAACCCGAAUUAUUAUUCCCCGCCACUAGACUCGAAGAGGAAGAGGAAGAGGAAGACGUUUCUUCACAACAACCCGCCAAAUGCAGAUUGCCUCUUCCCUCCUUCUCUGUUGAUAAAUCAGUCUCUGCUGCUAUACCUGUCAAUGAGAAAAUAGCAAAUGUCAUACGCAAACGUCAAUCUAUGUCAGACUCAAAUCGUAGUCAAGGUUGUCGUAUUCCCAUGCUUUGUAUCUUACAACCUGUGAUUGAACCCGUGAUCGAGCCUGUGAUUGAAGCACCCGUCGUGAAGCAACCUCGACUUCGAUCUGUCAAGUCUCCUUCUCAAAAGCGGGCUUCACCAAGAUCCCCAUUAAAUGAUAUCAAGACCAACUUGCGUAAACCUAAAACCACAUCACCUCAACCACCACCCACCCAAAAAGCCAAAAAGGAAUUACCGCCAAAAAGUUCCAUCUAUCGUCACAAACGUUUACCUGCAGGUGAAAGUCGUACAACCAGAUUAAUGAUGGGUGUGAGUACAACAGGGCGUCGACAAUCAUUUAGACAAAGAGACGAGACGACUGAAAAGGAAGUAGCACCCACAUUAGGGUUAGGGUCUCGAUUAGGAAAGGUCUUUGGCAAAAAAGAUCUGGAUAGUAAAAAAAGACCCAUGUCCUUUGCUGCCUCUUCUUCCUCCAUGCUCGUUAGAAACAAUACAGAAAUACCAUCACCCAUUAAAUCGAUACCCCAUAAAGAUUCUCCCCCAAGAUCAAGAAGACAAUCCGUACCUCUUCCUCCUACAAAAAUGUUGGAAGAAGCCUCCAAAAACAACAAGAAAUCAAAUAAUGCCAUCAAAAAUAGUAUAAAGGCCCUUCGAGUUCAUUAA